AUGCCGCAGAGAAGCCAAGGAGAUGCAGCCAGGAGGCAGCCAAGAUGCAGCAAGGGUGGGUCCCUGGCCGGGUUCAGCGGCGGUCCGGCGCCCAAUGCCUCAGUUUCCCGGAAUAUUGGUCCUCGGAGCACCAACCCUCUGACGUCGCAAGGCGGGCGGGGCCGGGGGUCGGCCGCCAGGGGGCGCGAGCGCGAGCGCGAGGCGGGCGCCGGGGAAGUCCGCUCGCAGGGAACCGAGCGUGGCGUCCGCGGGGUUGCACGGGCCCCGCCGGCCGAGGCGGAAGCCUGGGCGGGAGGCUGGAGGCGGAGCGGCUGCGCUGAGUCAGACCAGAUUGACCCGCCUGCAGCUUCCAGGGGCCGAGGUGACAGCGGGCCCGGGACUGGCGGCGGCAGCUGCCAACCGCGCCGAAGGGGACUGCUGAGUUGCGGAGAGCAGGUCAGAGGUAGGGCCUGGGCUGGGACCGGGGCCGGGGCCGGGCGGGGAGCGCGGGGCCUCUGUGCGAGGGCCAAGGGCACCCAUGCCCCGAGGGACGCGCUGCAUGACCGGGCCUGCACUGGCCGCUUCCCCGCGGCAGUCGCUGUUCUCGUCUGCAAGCGCCCGGAGCCGCUCUUCGGUCUCCUCUCGCCCCGGAUCAGGUUAUACAGCAUGGAGGCUGGCUCAGUGGUUCGUGCCAUCUUUGACUUCUGCCCAAGUGUAUCUGAAGAACUGCCCCUCUUUGUGGGUGAUGUCAUCGAGGUGCUGGCAGUGGUUGAUGAAUUUUGGCUUCUAGGAAAGAAAGAAGAUGUUACAGUAUUGGUGAGGAUUCAAGAAAUGGAGCAGGACUUGGAUAUGUAUAGCGGGCCUCAAGAAGAGCUCAACUUCAUGCUCGAGGAGAAGGAAGAUGAAUCAUUGAGAGCAGAGACCCCUGAGAACCUUGAGUUCUAUGAGAGUAAUAUUGAAAGUUUGGACAUGGAACUCCAGCAACUUAGAGAUUUGAAUGGUGCCAUUGAAGAUAAGGAAUCUAAAUACUGUGACAGGGCCAGGAAUGUUUAUCAAAAUGAUAAAAUCCACCUCCAGGCAAAGGCUCGGGCCACGAAUCAGGGUAACUGGAAUACAGAAGAUAAAGCCUAUGAUACUUUCUUUGCAAACCGUGAGAAUAAAUUUCAGAAUGACCGAGGGACGGAUUCUCUCCAUUACAUGGAAAAUGUGGCGUACAGUGGUGUGGACAUGCCAGGAAUCCCACACGUUGAUUUCGAGGGUCUUUUUGGAAAUAUGCAGAUGGUGAUUAAGGUCUCAAAGCAGUUACUGGCUGCUCUGGAAAACAGUGAUGCUGUAGGUACAAAUUAUAUUAACCUGGGCUCCUUCCUGAUCAAACCAGUGCAGAGAGUAAUGCGUUACCCACUGCUGCUAAUGGAGUUACUGAACACCACCCCAGAAUCCCACCCAGACAAAGUGCCUUUAACCAGUGCAGUCCUUGCAGUUAAAGAAAUCAACGUUAACAUUAACGAAUAUAAGCGUCGAAAGGACCUGGUCCUCAAGUACCGUAAGGGGGAUGAAGAUAGUCUCAUGGAGAAAAUUUCCAAACUGAACAUCCACUCCAUCAUCAAGAAAUCCAACCGAGUUAGCAGCCACCUGAAACACCUCACUGGCUUUGCUCCUCAGAUAAAAGAUGAAGUAUUUGAAGAAACAGAGAAGAAUUUCAGAAUGCAAGAAAGAAUGAUCAAAUCUUUUAUCCGUGACUUAUCUCUCUAUCUCCAGCAUAUCCGGGAAUCAGCAUGUGUGAAAGUGGUGGCCGCCAUGAGCAUGUGGGACGUGUGCAUGGAGAAGGGCAACCGAGAGCUGGAGCAGCUCGAGAAGGUGCAUCGCUACAUCAGUGACCAGCUCUUCACGAGUUUUAAAGAGAGGACAGAGCGGCUUGUCAUCUCCCCCUUAAAUCAGUUACUGAGCAUGUUUACGGGGCCCCACAAGCUGGUACAGAAACGCUUUGACAAGCUGCUGGACUUCUACAACUGUACUGAGCGGGCGGAGAAGCUGAAAGACAAGAAGACCCUGGAGGAGCUACAGUCUGCCCGGAACAACUACGAGGCCCUGAACGCCCAGCUGCUGGACGAGCUGCCCAAGUUCCACCAGUACGCCCAGGGCCUCUUCACCAACUGCGUCCAUGGCUACGCCGAGGCCCACAGCGACUUCGUGCACCAGGCUCUGGGGCAGUUACAGCCUUUGCUUUCAUUACUGAAAGUCGCCGGCAGGGAGGGAAACCUCAUCGCCAUCUUCCAUGAAGAGCACAGCAGAGCCCUGCAGCACCUGCAGGUGUUCACCUUCUUCCCGGAGACCCUCCCAGCUGCCAGGAGGCCAUUCGAGAGGAAGACCAUGGACCGCCAGUCUGUUCGAAAGCCACUCCUGGGUCUGCCAAGUUACAUGCUCCAGUCGGAAGAACUCCGGGCUUCCCUUCUGGCGAGGUAUCCCCCUGAGAAACUCUUCCAGGUCGAGCGGAACUUCAAUGCUGCUCAGGACCUGGAUGUCUCGCUGUUGGAAGGUGACCUUGUGGGUGUGAUAAAGAAAAAAGACCCCAUGGGCAGUCAGAACCGCUGGCUCAUUGACAAUGGAGUCACCAAAGGCUUUGUGUAUAGCUCCUUCCUGAAACCCUACAAUCCUCGUCGCAGCCACUCUGACGUCUCUGUCGGCAGCCACUCCUCCACUGAGUCAGAGCACAGCAACUCCUCUCCCAGAUUCCCACGGCAGAAUAGCAACAGCACCUUGACCUUCAACCCCAGCAGCAUGAGCGUGUCCUUUACCUCAGGGCCUUGCCAGCAGCAGCUUCCAGAUACAUCUUCAUUGAAGGAAAUUGACCAUGGAAGUCUCAGUGCGCCUUUAAACUUGGGUAGUUCAGAAAGUAGCUCUUCCAGAAACCUUUCAGACCCGGACUCGGUCUCCCAGCCAAGGCCGUGGGACUCUGCAGAUGCAUCCAGAGACGCUUCCCAACCCACUACCACCUCGAGGAGCUACCGACACUCCAGGCAUCCAGAAAUGGCUGGUUACUCCGUACCAGGGCGAAACGGACACAGUAAAGACCUCAUAAAAGAGUGUGCAAGAACAGCCCAGCCUGUGGAAGACAAGAAAGAAGAGCCAGAAAGCAGUGAGGCAGAGGGCAACCAGGUCUAUUUUGCCGUCUAUACCUUCAAGGCACGAAACCCAAAUGAACUGAGUGUGUCAGCCAAUCAGAGACUCAAGAUCCUCGAGUUUAAGGAUGUUACAGGAAACACAGAGUGGUGGUUAGCUGAAGUCAAUGGGAAAAAGGGCUACGUUCCUUCCAAUUAUAUCCGCAAAACUGAAUACACCUGA